CUCGCAUCGCAUCUAUCCAGCUACAGUAUGCUCGGCGUCACGUCGCUCAAUCUGCUUCUCGGGCUCUUGCUCAUCACUUUGGGCCUCGUCCUCACGGCCGCCGACCAUUUCACCUGCACCUGGCAAGAUCAAGGUACCCUUUCGCCCUCCAAGUACGGAUACACUUUGUACUGCGAUGCCCCCGUCACCCGCAUCAACGACACUCACGCCAAGUACAUCUGCACGAGCAGCAUCUUCUUCGGCCUAGGCCAUACCAGCAUUCGGGUCGCCGACUGGGGAUUUCUGGGCCCGAACGUGCUUGAAUUCGCCAAUCCGUGUGGACGAAAGGGGUACGCCGAUUGCGAAUGGCGCUAUUGGGGAUUGUGCAACGGCACAGCAGAUGCCAAGGCGGACAUGAGUAAUGUGUUGUGCCGCUAUAUGGGUCAUCAUGAUGACUGCUCGUGGCCAGUCAAUCCGGCUCAUGCACCAGACAGGGUUCAGAUCUGGAACCAAGUUUGACGCGGGAGAACACCACUUGUGCUGUUGCGAGCGUCCCAGUCGUCCGGCUACGCCUGUACACGCUCCAUGAUCUGCCGCGACUUGCGCAUUCUUCUGCUGUGCGAACACGAACACCACUGUAGAAUGAAGAGGUACGAGUUGACGAG